AUGGAAAUCCCGUGGUACUAUUUUCUCUACCUGUACGGGCCUUUGUGGAUUGCCCUCUCCUUGUGCGAAGAACUGAAGCUGCAUGCUAGUGAGCUCAACCGAGACCAGUAUCUUGGCAGAUGGCUCUUCAUAGCUGCCGCUUCCUCAUCCCCUUCCUCACUGAGGAUUCACCGUGCCGACAGCACUUUGUUUAGCAGACUCAAAGCAACGACCACGCGACUGCAACUGCAGGCCGCCAUCCGGCUGAAGACAGGCCAGUGUGUUCCCAGAUCAUGGAUUUACCUGCUUAAGGAAGGAAGUGCAGAUCUGACAACUGCAGGUCGUCCCUACAUGAAGACAGAACUGUUCUCUGCCAAGUGUCCCGACUCCAUAAUUGUCCAGGAAACAGACCAAGGCUAUCAGAGGAUCCUUUUGUACUCACGGGUCCUCCAUCCUGCUGAAGAAUGCAUCAAAGAUUUCAAGAACAAAGCAGCCUGCCUUGACAUGGAGGAAUUCCUUCUUAUCCCAAGGACCCAAGAUGCUUGUGAAUUCCAAGAUGUUUGACCUUCAAACCCUUGGAUCCAGCUCCCUUGUGACAGGAAUUAAUCAUCCAUGGAAAUUUGCUUGUCUCAUUUCCUCGGAGAGCUGAUUUCUUCACACAUCUUGUCAAGUUAAAUAAAGUAUCUUUUAUGGUGUUCA